ACUAUGGAUCCUCAUUCUAGUGCUCAGGAUGUGCACCGAUGUGACCUUUGUGAGACCGCCAUAGUACACAGCUACUGCGACUUUUGCCAUGUCAACCUAUGUAAACCCUGUAUAAUAGAUCAUAUAUUAGAUGAAUAUGACAAACAUAAGAUAGUUCCUUUCCAGAAACGAAGAUCAACCCUUAUUCAUUCAAAAUGUGAAACACAUCCACACAGAAAAUGUGAAUUCCAGUGCAAGGAUUACAAUAAUAUGUUGGUUUGUUCUUCCUGCAUGGCAUCUAAACAGCACAAGGGACAUAACUUUGUAGAAGUUACAGAAGUUUACAAGACAAAGAAAGAUGAUAUUAAAAAAGAUACAAAAGAGUUAGAAAAUCAUAUUUCCCCUACAUAUGAAGAAAUUGCAUUCGACUUAGAAAAUCAGCUUGCCAGCCUUGAUGGAGGAUAUGAGAAACUUGAAACAUCGAUGUCCAAUCAAGGAGAGCAAUGGCACAGAGAAAUUGACUUCAUUGUCAACAAAAUGAAAACUGAAAUCAGCAAAAUAAAGGUAAAACACAAAGAACUUUUACAGAAACAUUUGAAUGAAAUCAAACAGAUACAGUCUCUUAUAAAGGAAACACUGCAUGCUUUAAGGAAAAUUGAGGAGUCCACUGAAGUAUCUCCUAUCAUUGAAUACAGCUCUAAGAUCAGAGAGUUUAGCAAGCUUCCACCCAAGGUUAAGGUAUCACUGCCAACAUUCAUUCCAAAACCAAUAGACCGCGAGAAGCUGUCUAUUUGGUUUGGACAUAUAACACCAUUAUCUACUGCUACAGAAGAAAAUAUAUUGUCACAAAACCAACCCUACACACCAAACAGAGAACUACUAGAUGAACCUGAACUUGUUGCCACAAUACAAACUGGGUAUAGAAACCUAUGUAGUGUCACCUGUGUAAAUGAAGACAUGAUAUGGACAAGUGGAAUGAGUGCUAAUAUCAAAUGCUUAGAUAUCAAAGGUUCAACACUUGACACAAUCUUUACAAAAUCAGGUAUUUGGCCCAAUGAUAUAGCUGUAGACAGUGAUGGGAAUCUACUGUACUCAGAUAGAGGAACAAGAACAGUGUAUAAAAUAAAGAGAAGCCAGACAGAAGAGUUGGUCAGAUUACAGGGAUGGAGGCUAUAUAAUCUGUGUGUCACCUCUACUGGUGAUCUCCUGGUUACCAUGUACAGUGAUAAUCAAACUGAAUCCAAAGUUGUCCGUUACUCGGGAUCUAAAUUGAAACAAACAAUUCAAUUUGAUGAUGAAGGUAAACCUCUGUACUCAGGGAAUUGUUUUAUGAAAUAUAUCACAGAGAACAGAAACCAUGACAUCUGUGUAGCAGACUAUAAGGCUGAUGCUGUGGUGGUAGUUAAUCAGGACGGAAAACUCAGGUGGAGAUACACCGCACAUCCGUCAGUUAACAAGAACAAACCAUUUCAACCAAGGGGUAUCACAACAGACAGUAAGAGUCGUAUCCUGACAGCAGACAGUGACAACCACUCUAUCCACAUUCUGGAUCAGAAUGGACCGUUUCUUCGUUACAUUGAUAACUGUUAUCUGGAGGAUCCAUUUGGUUUAUGUGUGGACAAUAAUGGCAAUUUAUUUGUGUGUGAGCUUUACAAAGGAAAUGUAAAGAAAUUCAAAUAU